AUGUCCGGAGCUAUGAAGUUCAACGGGUACCUGAAGGUGCGGAUCGGGGAGGCGGUGGGCCUGCAGCCCACCCGCUGGUCCCUCCGGCACUCGCUCUUCCGCAAGGGCUACCAGCUCUUGGACCCUUAUGUCACCAUCAGCGUGGACCAGGUCCGUGUUGGGCAGACCAGCACCAAGCAGAAGACCAACAAACCUACCUAUAACGAGGAGUUCUCCGCCACGGUUACCGACGGCCAUCAGAUUGAGCUGUCUGUCUUCCACGACACCCCCAUCGGUUACGAUGACUUUGUCGCCAACUGCACCUUGCACUUCCAAGACCUCUUGCGCUCCGCGGGCCCUAGCAACAGCUUCGAAGGCUGGGUGGAUUUGGAGCCAGAAGGAAAAGUGUUUGUCGUCAUAACUCUUACAGGCAGCUUCAUGGAAGGGACCCUCCAGAGGGAUCGAAUUUUUAAGAACCUCACUCGGAAACGCCAGCGGGCAAUGCGAAGGCGAGUGCAUCAGGUGAACGGGCACAAAUUCAUGGCUACCUACCUGCGACAGCCUACGUACUGCUCGCACUGCAGGGAGUUCAUCUGGGGCGUGUUUGGGAAGCAGGGGUACCAGUGCCAAGUAUGCACCUGUGUUGUACACAAGCGCUGCCAUCAUCUCAUUGUUACAGCUUGCACGUGCCAAAACAAUACUAACAAGACCGAUCUCAAGGUGGCUGAACAGAGGUUUGGAAUCAACAUUCCUCAUAAGUUCAGCGUCCACAACUACAAAGUCCCGACUUUCUGUGACCACUGCGGUUCCUUGCUCUGGGGAAUCAUGCGACAGGGCCUACAGUGUAAAAUCUGUAAAAUGAACGUCCAUAUUCGAUGCCAAGCAAAUGUUGCACCGAACUGCGGGGUGAACUCAGCAGAGCUUGCUAAAACCUUGGCAUGCAUGGGUCUGCAACCAGGAAGCAUUUCCCCAAAUUCGAAACUGGUUUCAAGAUCUACUUUGAGACAUCAGGGAAAAGGCAGCCUGAAAGAUGGCAACAACGUUAGUGAAAGUUCAGCGAGCAAACUUGGGAUCAAAGACUUAACCUUCCUUCGUGUAUUGGGAAAGGGCAGUUUUGGAAAGGUAAUGCUUGCCAAGAUGAAAGAGAGCGGGCAGCUCUAUGCAGUGAAGGUGUUGAAGAAGGAUGUCAUCCUCCAAGAUGACGAUGUUGAAUGCACCAUGACCGAGAAACGCAUCCUUUCCUUAGCAAGGAACCACCCAUUCCUCACCAAGCUCUACUGUUGCUUCCAGACUCCUGAUCGCCUGUUCUUUGUGAUGGAGUUCGUAAAUGGCGGGGACUUGAUGUUCCAUAUUCAGAAGUCGCGUCGCUUCGAUGAAGAUCGGGCCCGGUUCUAUGCUGCAGAAAUUAUUUCAGCCCUUAUGUUUCUCCAUGAAAGAGGCAUCAUUUAUCGGGACUUGAAGCUGGACAACGUGCUGCUGGACUAUGAGGGUCACUGCAAGCUGGCAGACUUUGGAAUGUGCAAAGAGGGCAUUCGCGAUGGCAUUACCACAGCCACCUUCUGUGGUACACCGGACUACAUCGCUCCAGAGAUCCUGCAAGAGAUGUUGUAUGGCCCUGAUGUAGACUGGUGGGCCAUGGGCGUGCUGCUGUAUGAGAUGCUGUGCGGCCACGCGCCCUUUGAGGCAGAGAACGAGGACGACCUCUUCGAGGCCAUUCUGAACGACGAAGUCGUCUACCCAACGUGGCUCCAGCAGGAUGCAGUGGCAAUUCUCAAAGCGUUCAUGACGAAGAACCCCAACAUGCGGCUGGGCAGCCCGGGGCUGGGCGGCGAGAGCGCGAUUCUGCGGCACCCCUACUUCAAAGAUCUGGACUGGGACCUGCUGAACCAGCGUCAGAUGGAGCCACCGUUCAGGCCCCGAAUUAAAUCCAAAGAUGAUGUGAGUAACUUUGAUCCAGAUUUUAUAAAAGAAGAGCCCAUUCUGACUCCCAUUGAAGAAGGAAUUCUUCCGAUGAUAAACCAAGAUGAAUUUAGAAACUUUUCAUUCACAAGCCCAGAACUGCAGCAAUAG